UGGGCAUUUAGGGUUUUUGUUUUUGAUAAGAAACAUUUAUUGGCACAUGUGAUAUGCUCGAUUCUGAUCUCAAUAUGCCCAAAACCCAAUAGAGGCGGGGGCACCCUUCCCGAGCUUCCCCCCGCUUUAGGCAGAGGCCUUCACCAGCUGCUUUCCUUCCCAAUGCCAUGUGCUUGCAAACCUAAAUGAUUCAAAAGGGUUAAAAACUGAUUCAAAGGGUUUUGUUUAGCCAAUUUCCCUAAAGUUACACGUUUUGUUUGCAUCUGUUCAUGAUUUUCAUGGUGGGUUUGGUGUGAACAUAAUCAUAUUGGUCUCUCAGGUGAGGAUGGUCGGCCCAUGCUCGUAUAAUUUAUAGCCAUCAUCCAUCUCUGUUAGCUCUUUUUUUCGUGUUUCCUUUCUUUAGAGGUGAAAUAUAUUGCAUUAUGAAUAGAGUAAAUCAUAACUUGCUACAUUCAACCUUGUAUUGUAUUAUGAGCUUGUGGUUAAAUUUGUUAUUUAAUAUAGAAAAAUGAAGAGGAGUGAAAAAUUGAACAAAAUCUUUGAGAUUGAUUUGAAAGGAAGGCCCAGCCAAUGACUAUCAGGCAGGUGACCGGGAAUUGGUUACUUGUAGAGGAAGAAAGAAAGCAUUGGAGCAUCGAAGUCUCCUCGAAUUAUUGGGAGGAAAUCGUCAAAAUCCUGAGUAUUCAAUCUGGAAAUCAAAUCUCGACCACUAUGCAGAGAAUAAAGGCCUCAGGAAUUUCGAUUGUAAGCUCGAUUUCAGCAGCUAGGUUGAAGAGGAAGGCCGUCAAUUCAUGGACGGCCGUUCAGGAUACUUUCUAUUCCACCAAGAAUGUAUUCGAAAGGCACAGGGUGGUUUUUACAGUAGGGACUUCCAUUGCUUCAGUUGCAACUGCCUGGUUUGGGUACUCUUUACGCCACUAUCAUAACAUCCAAGUUGACAGACGGCUCGAAUCUAUUGAGGAAGCUAUGAGAAACACACAUCAACUUGAGCAUUCUGAACUUGCAAAGGUGGUUAAUCCUGGACAUAUCAGCGUGCCUGCCUGCUUUGCGAAUGCUGGAACUACCUUAAUUAUUGGAUAUUGCUUGGGAUGGCGAGGUGGAAAACGGCAUGCGAGCAAGCAAUUGAGAAGAGAGCAGAUGAAGUUGCUAGGGGAGAUACAACCCAGAUGGCAAUUUCUCACGAGGCUAAAACCUAAAGAGCUGAACUUUCCAUUUAAGAGAUCAUCGGGCAAACCUGGGGUGCAAGAAAGUGGCAGCCAAAAUACGGAACAAAACUCCAAAAGAUGCUGCAGCACAAGAACAUCAGGGAGCUAGCUGUUCAGCGAUGUUUGGCCUGAGACUGAAGUGACUCUGUGCUGCAACGAAAGGAUCGCGAUCGACAUCAUCGUUAGCUGCACGGUAACACUUUUUCCUUUUCGAUGGCAGGAAGAGGUCUUCACAGAAAAUGGCACAUGGAGGUGAAGCUGACGUCUCGUGUUCUUCGCCUUUCUUACGGUGUGAGGACACCAAGAUUUCCUUGAGCUUCCUGAAACAUUUCACAAGCUCCUUCAUCCUCACCAAGCUGCCUGGUUGGCUUGUCUGGUUGGAGCCUCUUAUACCUUGAGUGCCAAUCACUGAAUCACGCAUAACUCAUGGUGGUGCUUAUGCUUAUUUCAUGGAAGCCUCAAGUGUGCUUUUAUGUAUGCCUCCUCUAAAGUAGUUACUUCAUGCAUAGGUCGGCGCUUUCCUAGCUUUCUUUUGUACGGAACUUGGAGAGUCGUUUAU